ACUUGACGAAUCGACUGCCCUGUGUUGUGAUCAAAGUGUUUGAGUUUCUCCUUAUCAACCUGCUUACGGUCAUUGAAAUUCACAGAAGAACCGAAAACAAUCUUACCUGACCUCCCCCUGUUUCCAUCAUGUCCCACUCGGAGCCCCAAAAGUUCUCCAAUGCCUCCACGGGCGAUGCUCCGGCAGACCCCUACAAGGAGGCCAACAAAGACGAUCCUCCCCUGGAGCAGAAGGUCGAAGACUUUGCCGAUUUCAUCAAGGCCACCAAACUGGCCAUGAUGACCACCCGAGACGCCGCCACUGGUCACCUCGUUUCGCGAGCCAUGGCCCUAGCAGCUACCGAAUCCGGCGGCAUCGAUCUCCUCUUCCACACCAACACCGAAACCCACAAGAUGGACGAGAUCGUCGGCGACCCCCACGUCAACAUCUCCUUCAUCAACAGCGCGGGUGACUGGGCCUCCGUCUCGGGCGUGUGCAGCAUCGUCACCGAUCGCGCCCUCGUCAAGAAACACUACUCCCCCGCCCUCAAGGCCUGGGUCGGCGACCUUGGAGACGGCAAGCAUGACGGCUCCGAGAACGAUCCCCGCAUCGGCAUCAUCCGCGUCCAGGCCAACACCAUCACCUACGCCGUCAACCACCGUACCGCCCUCGGCAGAAUCUUCCAGAUCGCCGAGGGAAUCGUCACCGGCAGCGCCGCCCAUGUGAAUAGCCUGCGCGAGAUUUCCGUGGCCGAGGUGAAGCAGUGGAGGGAGUCACAUCUGUCUGCUGAGUAGUUGGAAAGGGACCGCAUUUGAAGGGCUGAGAGAGAGAGAGAGAGAGAGAGAGAGAGAGAGAGAGAGAGAGAGUACUCGAUGUAAUGAUAAGUAGCAGGACGCGAGUAAUUUGCGUCGGCUCGCAAAACAAAGGACGGCGUA